AUGUCAAACGCUCUGGAUCAGUUUAUUAUGGAAGAUGUGGCAAAGAAUUGCCCACAACAAUUCAUAGAAUAUCAUAAGUGUGUAUCAAAAAACCGCGAGGACCCUAGUCAAUGUGCUUUUAGGCAGAAAGACUUGUCAGUGUGCAUUAAGCAAAAUGUGCCGAGCGUUCAAAAGGUUAUGAGUCACUGCGGUUCACUUAUGGCUAAAUAUGAGUCCUGCUUGCGGGAAAACAUGGAAUCUAGAACCAUCAACGAGAAAUGUGUGCCGCUUUUGCUGGAAAUGCGCGAAUGUGCAGAGAAACAGGUCUCUGGACCUAGUCCCAUCAAUCAAAUGUAA